CACAAAAAAACCAAAACAACAUUUUUACUGGUGAAAUUAAGAUCGGUUUCAGUCCGUGAAAACGAAAAUGUACGGAGUGCACGCAUGCAGUGGCAGUUGUCAGAUCGUGAAAACAAAAUAAUGCUGUACUGUUACAUGUAUGUGUGCGGGCAUCAAGGGCAACUGAGUGUCAGUUGGUGGUGUCUGUGAUGAAAUGUUGAGUUAUGUGUCAAUUUUAUUCCUUUCAGUUGACCAAGUUGUGCUGGUGUGGCAGUCCAGAUGGCAUCCAACGUAACAGCUCAGUCAGUGUUGGAGAAGAUAAGUGUGGAUCAUCUGGAAUGCUCCAUCUGCACCAACCGUUUCAGGCAGCCCAAGGUGCUGGACUGUCUGCAUACUUUCUGUCUUAGAUGCCUUCAAGAACUCAGACAGCGCCAAAACAAAGGCACAGUGACACUAACUUGCCCCCUGUGCAGGCAAGAAACUAUGCUGGACGGAAAAGUUAUCGAUGAUCUGCCCACUAACUUUGCGUUGACUGCCCUGGUGGAGGAAGUCACAAUGAUGGAACAGCUUAUUACGGAAGGUCAAGGGUCGGAGAUCAAGUGCCAAGCCUGUGAUGAGAGCAACCAAGCCGUCUCGAUUUGCAGGGAUUGCGAUCACUUUCUCUGUCGGGAGUGCCAGAGGGCCCACGAGCACAUGGCAGUCAUGAAAAGUCACAGCAUCCACACUUUGGCCCAGCUACGAACAGGCCAGGUUGCCUACAAGAGCAAACUGAGGGAGGAAGUUCCAAGAUGUGGCCAGCAUCCGGAUCAGAAUCUGAGUUUUUACUGUGAGACGUGCGCCCAGUUGGUGUGCACGACUUGCUCCGUGCUGGAUCACCGGAAUAAGACCCACACUCUCGUUGGCUUAACCAAGGCUGUGGAGACGUGCAAACGACAAGUAGCCAAACUGGUCGCAAAAGCUGAACAGAACAAGACGGCGCUGAACAAAGCCAUCCAAGAAACUGACAAAUCAAGACAGAAACUGGAUGCCACGUUUGAUGACACGAAGACGAAGAUUGACCAAAAAGGUGCUGUGCAUGUUUCUAGAAUCAACAACGAGGUACAAAAACUGAAGCAGGAAUUGAAGACAGUUUACGACGACAGAUGCAGGGUGUUUGAAACCGCCCAGGUUGCCAAUAGCAAAGAGGUGGCUCAGACGGAGCACAAAUUGGAUGAGGUCGGCCAACUCAUGGCCCAAGCCAGCUGCUACGAGAUACUGGAUCUUAAGAAGAAACUCUUGCACAACGUCAGAGAACUGACUGUGAAACAACCACACAGAGUGCCCGAGAGAUUCGCCUCCGUGGGGUUGGUUGAAGGUCAAGGGUCGUUAGGGAGACUACACCUUGGAGAUGAACCUAAAUUAGAAACAUUCAGGCGGCACUGCCAAGCAUUUCUGACACAGAUAAAAAAUCAUUCAAUUCAAUACUUGCCUUUCAUAGUUUUUGUGCCGUUGUACAUUCUGUAUGUCAGAUUAACCGAUUUCUACUAAUAGUGCAAAUAAUUAUCUUAUGUAGUUCCAAAUCCGUCAAAAUCUGCAUGCAUAAUUUCUUUUUUAAUAAAACUGAUACAUUUUAUCAUAACAACAAUCCACUUUAUGAUUAUAACUUUUUUUUGUAUGCAGACUGCUGAAUUGUCCAAAAUGUAUGUGUGACACCGUGGAACUGCACAUGUAAAGGCUGCAAACAGGAGUUUGUGAAGUUAAAACAUGAAUGAGGAUUUGUGAAACAACAGCACGUUUCUGUGCUACAAAUUUUAAAACAAGCGAAUUUUGCUGAAAAGGCUUCUUGACUUCAACUUAGCAUUCAAAUUGGUGGACUGCACCCAAUUUCAAAGCAUACAAUUUUUUCUGCUAAGAGAGACUCUAUUUCAUGGAGACUGAAGCAGUAAGUACCCAAAAGGCACGCUUACUUCAAGAGGAAAAAGCUGCUUAUAAAAACUUAGUGAUGUAACAAUAGAAAUCUCCGUGCACAAAAACCCGUUGACACAUCCACACUAUGAAAUAGUGCUUGGUUAGCACAAUUUUCCGAUAUAAACAUGUAGUUAGUAGUACAACUUUUCAGCAGUGCCAUGAAAUUGGGCUCAGGGCCCAAUUUCACGGCGCUGCUAAGCACAAAA